UCAAUCUCAAUAAACAAUUAUGAAAUUGAAUGACAGGAAUAAUACUCAUAGUUAUGGAAUAUCGGUGUAAAUACUAAACAUGGAAAUUACAUUUCAAUAUCUUUUUCUUGUCACUCUAUCCUCGGAAUUUGCAUGGUCAUGGCAUAACCUUGAUAAUGUAGAUUAUCAUUGUUGGUCAUUAUCAGCUAGUGCUGAACAUCCAACACCACAUUCACCAGUUUGCACAGGUCUUAAUUUAAGAUGGACUGAACAUCCCCCGGUUACAGUUAAAAUGUCGCAGGGAUUCAACACAACUACAGAGCUUAUUCUAACCAUACCAUUUUACCAGUGGCUUAUAGAUCAAGGAUUUUUUGGACAAGCAAAUUUUACACAGGGAAUCAGCAAUGUAAACGACGCAAAGGAUUGGUGUGAAACAACGACAUGUCCUGCUCCAUCCGCAGCUACACAAGAAAAUUGCUGCAUACAUCAUAUGAACUUACACAGCUGCCCUCUGACGGAUAUUACCAAUGGUUUGUGUGGACCUUGGAUUCCUGCUAGAGGUCAGAUAAUAACACACUCGGAGGUCUUGGUUGGGAAUGCUUUAGUUGGAAAUUGGACGAACUAUGUUCCUGGUCUGUAUGUCCUCGGACAAACGUCAAUCAUAUCUCAUUUUAAAAUUGCUGGAGCUAGUAUCGCCUUAGUGUAUGACCUGACAGUUGAACCAAAAACUGAUUGUGGAAAUGGCGUGUGUGAGUCAGACGACGGAGAGGAUUGUUCUGUGUGUCCCAAAGAUUGUGGAACAUGUCCUCUUGAAGACUGGCAUUACGGAUUGAUAGCUGCUUCUAUUCUAUUUAUAUUUAUUUUAAUUGGAGCGAUAUAUGGUUAUUUUGCUUACCAGAAAAGAAAGUUAUUAUAUGAUAGCAGUUGGAUAUACAAAUAUGAUGACAUCAAAACAAAUGAGAAUCGUCUUUGGAUGGGCAGCAUGAUCAGUCGAACAGAUGACAAAUUUGAUACAGGAUUCAACCUAACGCAAGUCUUUGUUCCAACGGGAGACGUGGACGGAAAGACGGUGGCAAUUAAAAGGAUAGAAAAGAAAUCUUUUUCAUUGACAAAAUGUAUAAGAGAAGAAGUCAGAACUGUGAGACAAAUGGAUCAUCAGAAUGUUUGUAGAUUUGUUGGAGGCUGUAUAGAAGUACCAAAUGUUGCUAUCCUAAUGACAUAUUGUGCGAAAGGGAGUCUGAAUGAUGUGUUACUCAACGAAGAAGUUCCUCUGUCUUGGUCAUUCAGAUUUUCUUUUGCUACCGAUAUUUCGAGAGGUAUGAAGUAUUUACACAGUCAUAAAAUAAUACAUGGAAGGUUGUGGUCCAGUAAUUGUGUGAUGGAUGACAGAUGGUCAGUUAAAGUAACAGAUUAUGGUUUGGAAACAUUCCGAAAAUCUGGUGUCUGUGAAGAUGAAAACAUUAAAAAGCAAAAGCAAGUUUAUUUGGAACCAGAACUUGUGAAAAGUCAAGCUAUACCUACUGAACACAGUGAUGUAUACGCAUUUAGUGUUAUACUGAUAGAAAUAGCAACGAGGGGAGAUCCAUUUCAGGAAGAAGAUCCAUAUUCUGUGCCUAUUGACUGGCAACCGCCAUUACCGGUUUUUGAGAAAACGUCAGACGAAAACAAUUGUCCAUGUCCGGAUGAAUAUUGUAAGCUGAUUUCAAUAUGCAGAUCUCAUAACCCAAUAGAAAGACCAUCAUUCGAGAGUAUUAAACGACGGCUACAACGAAUCAAUCCUAAUAAACAAAACCCCGUGGAUUUGAUUAUAACAAUGAUGGAAAAGUACUCAAAGCAUUUGGAAUCUGUUGUUGCAGAAAGAACUCAAGAUUUGAUGGCAGAAAAGCACAGAACAGAGACAUUAUUGUAUAGUAUGCUACCAAGAUCCGUAGCUGAUUCUUUGAAGACCGGACUAUCGGUACAGGCAGAAUCAUUUGACCAAUGCACCAUUUACUUCAGCGAUAUCGUUGGUUUUACAGUGCUAUGUUCCAAAAGUUCGGCAUUAGAAGUUGUAGGAUUACUAAACAGACUCUACACAGUAUUUGAUGAAAUUAUAGAAAAUUUCUGUGUCUAUAAAGUAGAAACAAUAGGCGAUGCAUACAUGGUUGCAUCAGGGUUGCCUAAGCGUACCCCAAACCACGCAUCAGAAAUAGCUCAGAUGUCCCUGAAAAUCGUCGAAGCAGCAAAACAUUUUAAAAUUCCUCAUCUGCCAAAUGCUCCUCUGAAAAUAAGAAUUGGCUUACAUUCAGGGUAUGUCUGUGCUGGUGUUGUAGGUAGAACUAUGCCAAGGUAUUGUUUGUUUGGAGACACAGUUAAUACAGCGUCCAGAAUGGAAUCAAAUGGAGAACCUUAUAAAAUUCACAUAAGUGAUGACACAUAUUCAGAGCUGGCAAUAACUGGAGGGUUUCAGGUUGAGGAAAGAGGUGUCAUAAGUGUAAAGGGAAAAGGCGAUAUGCGAACUUGGUGGCUUACUGGAUAUGACCCUUGCAAGAUGGAUAAAAAACAAUCUUUGAUUGAAAACAGUCAGGGAUAUGAUAUGUUUUGAUGAUGACAUUAAAAGCUGAAGUGUUCUUGUUGGAGAAGAUAUAAGUAUACUAAAGUAUACUUCGAUUUAAAUAGAGAUUUUGUGCAGCAUUUUUAUUCUGAUAUAUAUCCACAAAAAACUAACAAUUAUUUGAUUAUUUUAUUAUCUGCACCAGGAUAGAAAUAGUAAAAUAGUAUGAUGCAUUUAAGUGUUUGACAUCACUGUAUGAAAGAAAGUAGAUCGACACAUAUAUAUAUAUAUAGAUGUUCUACCGAAAACAAUGUUAGAACAGCGGUAUACUUCUGUUGCCUUAAUAAAUCAAACGAAGUUUGGUGAGUUGAUGAGGGAGAUUAAUGUUUACAAAUGUAUUUUUUCUGGUAUCGAGUCUAUGAAGCCGAAAAACUGAGCCGAAAAAGCGAUACAAAGGCUUAUGUUUCGAGUAGCUGCGGCGUCGUCAUCAACAAUUUACGAGUUUAUGGCUUGGUUUAGUUCACGGGGAACCGCUUAGGGUUGGUCAAUAAUUGUUGGUAUGCAGUUACAUAAAAAUUAGCAUAUCUCAAUUACAACUCCCUCAGUCAUGGUCGUUUCACUGGAUAACAUUUGCAUAUUUAAUGUAAUAGUGAGUGAUAAGGUCCAUUUAAAUGGAACUACUAGUGUGUUUCAAUGAGAACAGGCAUACAACAUUUUCACAUCUCAAUUCCAUGGCUUUUAUUAUACCCCACCUUCUAAUUGAUGGUCAAUUGGCUUUUAAACUUUUACAAAGUUACAUGUAUAAAUUUGUGGAUAGGUCAGUUUCAAAUGACUAUAAGUAGUAGGUCAAUUAUAUUUUGCAUGCAGAUAUAUAAGUAUUGGCAGCUCUCAUUUUCAUUUAGAAUUGUUGGCUCCCCCUUUAGUCAUGGUUCAUUGACUUUGAAUGUUUUGCAUUACUUACGUGUUAAAGUUUGUGAUUAUAUCAGUUUAUGAAUAAACGCUUAAUGUUAAAUAUAUGAUAGUUUGUAUGCAGUUGUAUUGUCAUUUGAAUUCAAAUUUCCAUGGGGAUAAUUUUGUUCAUUGAAUUUUGAACCGUUUAAAGGUAACCCUUGUGAAAAAUCAAUGGUAUUUGGUAUGCAGGAGGUUUUUUUUGUCAUGCACCUUUUGUCAGGAUUCAUUGUCUUUAUAUAUUUAACCUGUUUAGAUUUCGACAUUUGCGUUAUACCCCGAAAUCACAAACCGCGAGACACAUCCCUGCGUCAACAGGUUUUUUUUUUUAUCAAUAUCCCAUUUAUUUCUUCCCGUCUUCUAGCUAGUUUCCCUAUAUAUUAUUGUAUAAGUACUACGUACUUCAGUUGUAUGACAGAGGGAAGUAAGGUUGCAUAUUGUAUACAUAUUUUACUUUACGAUUUGCAUGUCCGCCAUGAUAGGUCAUGUAUUUAGGAAAUAAAAAAA